AUGGCGUCCAAAACAAGCAAGGAAAAUUUAAACUCGGAAAAAAAAAUAGUUAAUAAAUGGGAUGGUUCCGCAUGCAAAAAUGCUUUAGACGACACUGUCAAAGAAAUUCUAACCAAAAAAUUUAAUUAUGUCGAAACCUUUGGAUUAAUUGACAUAAGAUUAUGUUUAUGCGGUGUAGCUGUUGGUGUAGCAUUGUUUGCUCUACUAUGGGAUCAGUUAUAUCCUUUUCCUUUAUCCAGAAGUGUUCUAGCAGUUUGCGUAUCGACCUAUUUUAUUGUGACAGGAAUACUUACACUGUAUACGUCAUACGUAGAAAAAGGAAUUUUUGCUGUUACUGUUCAAAAGAAUGGGAAAAAUUCUGGAUCUGAUAAUAUUUGGGAAGCUAGUUCAUACAUGAAAAAAUUUGAUGAUAAGUACAAUCUCCUACUCAUAUUAAAAGAUGGAAAAAGUGGAAGCAUUCGUGAAGCUGUGUCUUGUAAAUCAGUUUCUCAAUACAUAGAUGAAAAUGGUACAGUUAUUUAUGAUCUUGUCGAAGUUGAAGUUUCAAAAUUACAUAACAGUUUACUAACUGAGAAAAAAGAUAAAUAA